GGGUUGACUGGAGUUUUUAGGAUUGAACCUAAAAUUUCGGUUUUAUUGAUUAAUUGAAAGGUUUGAACCAACAUCUAUCGAAUGCAUUUCUUUUUCGCAGGAUAAAUGUUUCUUAAAAACUUCCGUGGUGUGAUGUAAUAUAUGUAUUUUUAGAAACACUUGAAGUCAAUUUAAGGAAGCCUUCAUAAGGGAUAACACUGAAUUAUUUUUUUAGAUUUCCAAAGCAAGCAAAGAGCUAGAAUGAAUUCUCUCAUCAAAGGAAUAUGGCUUACAUGUACAGCCGCAGCGUUACUUCUCGAGAUGAAUGUUGCAUGGAGUCAAGGAGAUGCAGGGUGGUAUAAUAUUCCAAAUCCACUCAUAGAAAAUGUCCACUUUAAAAACCAGUCUUCGGCUAUCUGCGGGGGAGAGUCAUUUUUGGAGAUACUCAAUAUCACAUUAACUCCACGAAAGGUGGACGAUUGUUCCCAGAUAGUGACCAUGGAAGUGGCAAUGAUACUUUCAGAAGAUCUUUUGAUCUUUGGAUGUUUUUUAAGUGGAGAGUUGGAUGGAGUCCAUAUAGGCCAAACAAGCAUUAGCGAUGCAUGCCAUCUGUUUGGCUUUCGAUGUCCCUUGCUAAAAGGAAAGCUAUAUAAAAUGAAGGAGCCAGUAAACAACCCCUGCGUUAUGAAUCAGGGUGAAUACGUGCUGAAGUUGGUUUGCAAAAAUCAAAAUGACGACACCAUAUUCUGCGGAAAGUGGACGUUCACAUGGGUGUGAAAGUCUUUAUGACAAGAAAGAAGAACAAAGUUAUAUCGUUAUUAAAGCAAUGAUGUUUCCGCUAUUUUGUCAUGCGCUUAUUUUUUCACGCGUUUAUUACGCGUACUUCGUCACAAACUACGUCAUUAUGACGUCAUAGUGAUGUAAUUUGUGACGAAAUGCGUGUAAUAGAACACACAUCCAAAACUCGAAAAACUACGAUUUUGCUUUUAUGGAAUUUUAUCUUUUCUUCAUUGCGACGGCUUUUACUGUUUUCGCGCUUAAAUAGCCCUAAAGUUUAACCAUAUAUGUUAAUGUGGCGGGAAAUUUGAAUUUCUUUAAUUAGCUGUUACUUUACGUCAUUUAAUCUGAUUUAGAUGGGGCCUUCACCAGAAAUCAUAAAACUUAAUAAAAAGUUUUUUUAGCUACCAGUUCUUUCGAAAUUUUUUAAGCCGAUGCCAAAUUUGCACAUAAUUUAUGACGUCACAAUAGCUGUCACAUUACAUGAAACAGAUCAGUCAAUAGCUUAUUAAUCAUAUUACUUUCUUGCCAAGUUUUGUUAAAAUGUAUGCGUUCUACUUUUGUCAAUGGCCUAAAACAUUAAGUUUUGAGUGAUGCGGGAUCAAAAGCCAUAGCAACGCGACCAUCGUGAGAAAUUGCCCUGAAAUUGUUUGAUUGUUCUUUCAGAUAGAAAAAUGAUUCAACUCUUCGACAUUUCUCGUUUCACUCGCUUAAUUUUAACUUAGCAUUUAAUUCGCCUUUCUCGGAAUUGAGGAGAGACUGGAAUGAACAAGUGUAGAAAUAUUAAUCUAAUAAAAAAGCAAACCUCACCCCAUGAAAGCUCUAGACACUCCAAUAAACUGAUUUAAUUUAUCUUAUUUACAGCAAUUGUUUGUUUGUCACGCUUUAAAAUUAACGGAGGUGCUCUUUAAAGCGAAUAAAGCUGUUUUAAUACUUUAAA